GUGACUCAUCGAGCAGGUCACGCGCACCCGACCACACAAGCUACUGAGGAAAUGGCCGUGCGCUUUCUGUCCGUAACGAGAAGAUAUCCAAUCGAUUUGUGCAGGUUAACACCAAGUGCAGUCAACAGGUCCGUUGUAGGCCUCUUCAGCACUGCAGCAGAGCACCGUAGUGCUGGCGAUGACUGCCAUGGUGAUGAUGGAGAUGAUGACCACAGUCACUCUGUGACGCAUGUCAGGACCUUGGAGACGAGAGCUAGAAAACUGGAAGAGCAGGUUCACGACCUCAAAGAGAGAUACAAACGAGCACUAGCCGACUCGGACAAUGUCAGAAGAAGAACACAGAAAUUUGUUGAAGACGCCAAACUAUUUGGGAUACAGAGUUUCUGUCGCGACAUUGUGGAGGUGGCAGACCUGUUGGAGAAGGUCGAGGAGGGAGAUGGAGUGCAGCAGCUGAUACAAUACAUGGCGCACAUACAGGGGCGCCUGCAGGACAUCUUCACCAAGCAUGGACUGGAGAAGAUGAGCCCCGUGGGAUCCACCUACGACCCAUAUCAGCAUGAAAUAGUCUGUCAUACACCAGCAGAGGGAGUGGAGCCCGGCACCAUCGCUGUGGUGAAGCAAGACGGUUACAUGCUGCACGGACGCACCAUCCGUCAUGCCCUCGUGGGGAUCGCUGUGAAGACACAGGAGCAUUGACGGGGCCUUCGUUCAAACCCUCUCCUGCUCAGUUUUUUUUUUUUUUUUUACACUCUUAGUAUAUACAAUACCAUUGUUCUUACAUCUCUAGACAACUACAUGCUUGACUUACUCUUCGAAGUAAUGGUUAUUUAUAUGUAUUUAUAAAAAAAAUCUUUUUGGUUUUUCUAACGUGUAAUCUACACAGAUUAAUUAGUCUUUUUUUUUUUUUUUUUUUUUUUAGUUUUGAACCCCCGAUUUACAGAAUGUCCAAUGCCCGUUUAAUAUUCGGAAAGAUUCGUUAUUGUCUUUUGUGUGUUAAAGACACUACGUGUGUAGUGCAGUAACAAUCGUAGUGUUAAAUUGACCCGGAAAAUGCACUUUACACCCUUGUCAUGGUGGUUUUUGUAAGCGACUAAUAGUUUUAAAGCUCAAGGGAUAAAGCAGUACUGACUUUUAUAAGAAAGUAACACUUUAUAAUAAGAUUCUAUACGUUUAACACGGUGUAGUAGGUAUCAUGAAUUAACAAUGAACGGUCACUGAUCCUCACUAAUCUUUAAUUUAAGAACAUGCUGUUCAUUUAACUUCAUAUUAGCUCGUUUUAGCAUUAUUCUAAUGUUAAUUUAUAGAAUGUUAUUGUAACGUUAACGAGAAAGUCUUGUGAAAUGUCAUGUGAGUGUUAUAGGCCACCAUUACCCAAAACUAAUUUCUCUUUUUGAGGGGAGAAAUGCACAUACGAUUCGCAUGUAUCCAAAGUGGAAUUGAACUGAAUGUUAUUUUGGGAGAUAAAAUGAACAAAAAGUAUUUAUAUGUAUUUAUUUUGUUCGUAAUAGUUUGCCCCGGUAGUUUUUUUUUUUUUUUUUAGUAGUAGUAGUAGUAGUAGUAGUAGUAGUAGUAGUAGAGAAGAAAAACUGUAAGCUAUUUUCUUUAAACUAAGGUUUUUACAGAAGUAUGCUUUGUAAAUGUUGCAGACGAUUAGUUUUGAGUGUUUGUGUGCGAGACAUGUUUUGACUGAAUAAAAUCUCAUCUUUUGUUCA